AUGAAAAAAGAAAAACUAAUAGAUGCUGCAAAUAAUUUAUUAACCGACAGGGCGGAAACUAAUGCAUUCGGAGUAUAUGUAGGCAAGAAAAUUGAUGAAAUACCCCUUGGUCAACAGCGAGAUCUCGCUGAAAAACUUAUUUCAGACAUUUUGUUUCUUGCCAAGACUAACAAUUUAACUUUUAACACAAGAAUAGAAAACCCAUCAAGAACUAAUCACUAUUCUUCACAAAACUCCUCUGAAUCGUACUUCUUACAAUCUAAUCCUUUUUUCUGCGUCCCAUACACAACAUCAAUCACCUGCUUCAUCACAUUCUUACCUCAAGUCUCAACUAGUGAAUACAUCAACUCCAAAUUAUCCUAUUCCCAUGCAAUCACCCACUUCCUCUUAUCCACAACAUCAGUCACCUGCUUCACCGCAUUAUUACCUAAUUUCUGA